AUGGCCUCUACACAGCCCUCAGGGGCAGGGAAGCCUAUGAGCGAGAAGCAGAGACUCAAGGCUGAGAAGUUCGCCUUGAAAAAGGAAAAGCAAGCCCAGCAGGCGCAGCAGAAAUCAGGAACCGGUUCCAAGGAAAAGAAGCCCAAAAACCAGGGUGCUCCGGCGGUCGAUUCAAAAGAUUGGGUUGACGAGACUCCAGCUGGGCAAAGGAAGAUCCUGGGCUCGCUUGAGAAUGAUUUCCACAAGGCGUACAUACCCAAGGUCGUUGAGUCUGCCUGGUACGGCUUCUGGGAAGAGCAGGGGCUGUUCAAACCACGGACUGAGGAAGAUGGCAGUAUUAAAUCCAAAGGCAAAUACGUCAUUGCGAUGCCGCCUCCAAAUGUCACGGGAAGACUUCACAUCGGACAUGCCCUAGCCCUUUCGCUCGAAGAUACCCUCAUCAGGUGGCAUCGUAUGCGACAGUUCACUACCCUCUACAUUCCUGGUUGCGAUCAUGCAGGCAUUGCCACUCAAGCUGUUGUCGAAAAACAGCUUGCAAAAACCCCGAAAGACGGGAAAUCUAAAAGGCAGGAUUUCACUCGCGCCGAGUUCGUACAGCUGUGUCAGGAAUGGAAGGAGGAUUACCAUCAAGCCAUCAACAAGACGACUCGUAGACUCGGUGUCUCCUCCGACUGGUCGCGUGAAGCCUUUACAAUGAGCCCCCAGUUGUCUAGAGCUGUCACGGAGACGUUUGUCCAGCUGCACUCAGAAGGGCUAAUCUACCGAGCCAACAGGCUUGUUCAUUGGUCAUGUCGACUCUCGACUGCGCUGUCCACGCUUGAAGUCGACCAGAAAGAGCUUGAGGGAACGACCAAGCUUGAUGUCCCAGGAUAUGACCGGAAGAUUGAAUUCGGAACGCUCACAUACUUCAAAUAUAAGAUUGAAGGCUCUGAUGAAACAAUUGAAGUUGCAACAACAAGACCAGAGACGAUCCUGGGCGACACCGGUAUAGCAGUUCAUCCCCAGGACGAUCGAUACAAGCACCUCGUCGGCAAGAUUGCGCAGCACCCCAUCAUCGCUGACAGGAAGUUAAGAAUUAUUGCCGAUGAGCAUGUGGACAGAGAAUUUGGUACCGGUGCUGUCAAGCUGACGCCUGCCCACGACCACAACGACUUUGCUCUCGGGAAGAAACAUAACCUCGAGUUCAUCAACAUCCUGAACGAUGAUGGCACUCUGAAUGCAAAUGCGGGUCCAUACGCCGGAGAGAAGCGGUUCAAUGUCAGAUACGCCAUCACCGAGAAGCUGAAAGAGCUUGGCCUGUAUACGAAACAGGAGCCAAACAAGAUGGUCGUUCCCGUUUGCAGCCGGUCAGGGGAUAUUGUGGAACCAUACCUGAAACCGCAGUGGUGGAUGAAGAUGGAACCUCUGACACAACCCGCCAUCGAUGUCGUCGAGAGUGGGGAGCUCGUCAUCCGACCGGACCUACAGAAGAGGCAAUACUUGCAAUGGAUGCGCAACCUGCAAGACUGGUGCUUGUCGAGGCAGCUGUGGUGGGGUCACCAGAUACCGGCGUAUUUCAUCACCGUCGAAGGCGAGGAGAAGGGGGACGAUGCUGAUGACAACUACUGGGUCUGUGGCAGAACAGAGCAAGAAGCCCGUGAAAAGGCAGAAGAAAAGUUUCCUGGGAAGAAGCUUUCGCUCAGGCGGGACGAGGAUGUCCUCGAUACCUGGUUCAGCUCCGGCCUCUGGCCGUUCAGCACUCUCGGAUGGCCAGAUAAGACGACAGAUCUCGACAGGUUCUUUCCAAACACAACUUUGGAGACAGGCUGGGAUAUCAUCCCGUUCUGGGUCAGUCGUAUGAUAAUAUUCUCGUUGAAACUGACUGGAAAGGUUCCCUUCACCGAGGUCUUUUGUCAUGGCCUGAUCCGCGAUAGCGAGGGCCGGAAAAUGUCAAAAUCUCUCGGUAAUGUCGUUGACCCGAUCGACAUCAUGGAUGGCAUCGGCCUCGAAGAGCUUCACCAAAAGCUUCGGCAGGGCAAUCUGGCUCAAAGUGAGAUCAAGAAUGCCGAAAGAUACCAGAAGAAGGCUUUCCCGCAAGGAAUCCCUGAGAUUGGAACUGACGCACUGCGAUUUUCGCUCAUCAACUACACCCAAUCAUCUGGUAGUGACAUCAACUUUGAUGUCAAGACCAUGCACAGCUACCGCAAGUUUUGCAACAAGCUCUACCAGGCUACAAAAUAUGUCCUUGGCAGGCUUGGCGAAGACUUUGUUCCCCGUGCGACGAGUGCUCUAAAAGGCAAGGAAAGUCUCCCGGAGAGGUGGAUUCUAACCAAGAUGAACACUGCUGUGAGCCAGGUCAACAAAGCUCUUGAAGCCCGAGAAUUCUCUCGGUCGACUCAGAUUAGCCAUCGGUACUUGUACGAUGAGCUUUUUGAUGUCUUCAUUGAGAACUCAAAGUCGAUCUUCUCAGAUGGCUCGGCCGAGGAGGUUCGCUCAGCCCAGGACACACUGUACACCACGCUUGAAACUGGCCUCCGGCUCGUCUCGCCAUUCAUGCCCUUCCUGACCGAGGAGCUGUGGCAGCGUCUGCCGCGUAGACCAAGAGACGACACACUCUCGAUCACAGUUGCGCUGUAUCCAGAGUAUGAGCUGUCCUUCAGUGACCCAGAAUCUGAGGCAGCCUAUGAACUUGUCCUGGGAUGUUCCAAAGGUUUGCGCUCGUUGAUGGCAGAAUAUUCUAUCAAGGAUCAAGGGCUGGCUUAUAUCACACCUCUGAAUGAACAGUCGCAUGCCACGGCGACUGCUCAACUUCCCUCCAUAAAGGCACUGAGCGGGAAGACUCCAAUUGACAUUGCCGUCCUUCAGGUUGGGGAAGCCGUUCCCACGGGUUGCACGGUCUUUCCCGUUUCCGCCGAGGCGGCUGUCUACGUUGAGGUCAACGGCCGUAUCCGGGAUGCCACCAAGGAGGUUGAGAAGGCCAAGGCGAAGAUAGCUGAGGCACGGAGGGACCAAGAAGAGGUUCUGUUGCUCAAGGCGGACCUGAGCAAGAUCCAGGAUAAGGACGUUGCCGAGGCGAAGCAGUCGGCGGAGCGCCGGGAGCGGGAUGUCGCGGCGAGAUUGCAGGCAUGGGAGGAGACUGCUCUGAUGUUUGAGAAGCUGAAUAUUUAG